AUGGUAGAUCAAACUGAUCUAACUGAUCUAACUAAUUUUAAUAUUUAUGUUAGCAGCGUUAAAUUACUUCAUCCAAACAAAACUACACGUCCGUUGUACUUUUUUACCAAUUAUUGCUCAAAAGACAAUCCAAAUUGUUCUAUUAAAAAGAUAAUUCCAUUUAAAGCAAAUAAUAUUAUAAUGAUUUACAUUGAGUAUUAUCAAUACGUGUUAGUUAUAGCAGACUGGUUCGAUGAAAUUAUUUUUAAAAAUAAAGUGAUUACGUUACCUCCGGAAUUGGAAAUCGGAACGCCAUUAACGCAAUUAAUAAUUCAAGAUAGUUUUUACAACGAAAGUAGUACUUUAUUAUUAUUAUUCCCCAAUGGAGAUAAUAAAUUGUUUUAUAAUAAAUACAUUUACAAUGAAGAUAAUGGCAGACUUAUUAUACAUCAAGAGGAGGGGUUUGUUACUUUUAAACAAAACUUAACAGUAUAUCCGGCUGACUUAUUUUCGAUAAGAGGAGGUUAUGGAAUUUUAUCUUUCGUCCUUGAUUUCAAUUUUAAAGGGGUUCAACAAACGUUUCUUACAUUAGUGCAUCCUAAUAAAAUAAGUCAUCUUAAUUUGACUCUCCAGACAUCAACGACAUCAACGAAUAUGAAUCACAUAAAAUGUAAAGCUGAUAUGAGAACAAAUUAUAUAUGUUCUUGCUUGAUACUAUCGAAUGAUCAACGAUUUAUAUUGGCGGAAAUUGAUGAUGAUUUUCAAGUUAAAACAAGAGAUUUAAAAAUUGAAAUUGAAUAUGAUUCUUUACUUAUUACAUAUCCGGCCUCAGAAGUGUAUUUUAUGAUACUUUUUUACUUUCGAUCUUCAAAAUCAAUAAACUUAGUAUUAUUUAAUGUUAGAACUAAUGAUUUAACACCUUCAUCAAAAUUUAAUGGAGGGUACUUGAAUUAUACUUCUCAUAGUGAUAUUGCUAGAUUUAUCCUCCAUGAUAAUGAAUUAGUAAUAGCAGUCAAUAUGGAUAAAGAAAUAUGGGAAUUAAAAUCUAUAAAUAUAUCCCAGUUUAUUCCUGAAACCAAUAAGCUCAAUAAUUUUCAUAUUACAAAAACUUGGCCCGUAUGGAAUGAAAACAUUUAUAAUGACACAAAAAUUAUAAACAUCACUUUUAUUCAUCCAAUCAAAUUAACGGGUAAAGCGAAUGCCUCAAUUUAUCAGUAUUAUAACGGAGAAUAUCUUUUACGUCAAACUUAUAAGUGUAUGGAGCCAAAUUGUGUUCCUAGCAAAGAUGAAUAUUCUAUAAGUUUGACUGUCAUGGAGACCACUUUUAAUAUACCUGAAAUGACUUACCACAUUGAAAUAGAUGAUGAUUUUGCCGAAUUUAGGAUGAUUAACCAAGAUAUACCUGGCAUAAAAAAAGAAUCGUGGCCUAUACACACCUUAUCAACAGAUAAGCCUAAGCCUUUAUCAUCCGUUGAUAUGCCCGAUUCCUAUACUGGAAUUUUACGUUUGACUGUUGAAGACACAAAUGCUUUUAAGGAAUUAGAUAAAGAUAAAAAAGUUAAUUUUCUUGAGCAAAUGAGAAUAGAAAUUGCUAAGAGUAUUCCGGUUGAUUUUUCAAGAUUAAAUGAUUUACAGUCAACGUUUGUAUACGAAAAGGGUUAUGAAUUACUUCUUAUUACAUACGUAAUUGAUCCUUCAAAUGAAAAUAAUUUUAACAAAAAAAGUUCUCAAGAAGUUGCCAAUGAUUUUACUAAAUUACUUAAAAAUAGUAGUUUUACAACACCCUUAGAUAUUUACCAUUAUACAAAGUUUAUUGACAAAAAUUAUGGAUCAAAUGAUACAUGCAAGUAUUAUUUUGCUUAUAUUCCUUACCUUGUUAAUCAUAAUAAUCUUUAUUUUGCCUUGUUUCUUUGA